AAAGAGUUUAAUAGUAGUAAAUUAGUUUAAAAUCAUAAACGCUGUAACUGAUUUUUAUUGGAAUUUAACAGAUCUUCUCCUCCUUCAGUGAAGAUCCUCCCACAACUAUCAAACCUUCAGGGAAGCUCCUCCCACAACUAUCACACAUUCAGUGAAGAUCCUCCCACAACAAUCACACCAUCAGUGAAGCUCCUCCCACUGCAGUUCAUCAAUAAAUGCUGAAAUAUUCCCUUGAGUCUACAAGUGACAACGAGCAUCAAAGCAUCAGGAAGAAGUGAAAUCUGCAGAGACAGAGUUUAUUGAAGAACAGAGAGAACAUGAGAGAUCCAGAACCCUGCAGAAUGAAACACACUGAAGAACAAACAGAGUUGAUUGAAGAAAACGAGGAGCAUGAAGAACUGAAUAAAGAGGAGCAGAAGCAACAUGUCAAAACUGGAGAAAACUCUUUGAGUUGCUCUCAAACCAAACAGAAAGAUUUAAAGAAGAGAAGAGACAAGAAAUCUUUCACCUGCACUCAGUGUGGAAAGAGUUUGACAAACAAACAUAGUCUUGAGGUUCACAUGAGGAUCCACACUGGAGAGAAACCAUACAGAUGUGAUCGUUGUGAGAAGAGUUUUACAGCAUCAUCAAACCUUAAGAGACACAUGAACAUCCACACUGGAGAGAAACUUUAUGAAUGUGAUCAAUGUUGCAAAACAUUUUUGACGGCUUCAAACCUGAAGGGUCACCUGAACGUUCAUUCAAAGGAGAAACCACAUUCAUGUUCAUGUGGAAAGAGGUUUUCAAAUCUGAAGAGUUUAAAAGUACAUAAGAAGAUACACACUGGUGUGAGAGAACAUAUGUGUUUUGAGUGUGAGAAGACUUUUAUUAGAGCUGAAAGUUUGAAACAUCACCAGUGGAUCCACACUGGAGAGAAACCUCACAAGUGUUCACACUGCGACAAGAGAUUCAAUCAGUCAGGAUCUCUGCUUACACAUGAGAGGAUCCACACUGGAGAGAAACCUUACAAGUGUUCACACUGUGACAAGAGAUUCAGGCGGUUAGGAUCCCUGAAAACACAUGAAAGGAUCCACACUGGAGAGAAACCGUAUCACUGCACUGUAUGUGGGAAGAGUUUCCGUUAUUCAUCUUCUCUACUUAAGCAUAACAAAGAACAUUCACAGUCAGUAUUAGGGGAUACACAGACUAAUCGACUACUCGACAUCAAUGUUCUGCCAUGAUGCUUUAAGCUUGAUGUUGAUUAGUCGCUGGUCCUAUAGAUGGCACAACAGGAUGCUUGAAAUUGAACGGGAGAAUGCACAUUUUAAACAGCUUAUUGUACAGGUAAAUUAAUCACUGUUCUAAUCUAAUGCGCUGCUGCACUGUAACACACACACACAGACUACAGACAGUAGCUCGUACAUCACGCAUGCACAGAAUCAUUCAGUGAGGAAAUGUACUGUCAUCUCUGUUCUGUUGUUUCUCAAUAAAAUAACUUAGAAACUGAAAAUUGAAAUCAUAUAUUUCUUAAUAACUAAAGCCCACAGCGUCACUACUAAUACAGAGACACUGCCAUGUAUACGGUGACCAUAUAAGCCAUUUUCCCAGGACGUGUCCUUGCUAGGAUUGUUAUAUUGUCUAAAAUAUCCAGAUUUUGGCUGUUUGUGCAGUGCAGAUCGAUCAUUGUACGGCAUUCAUAAGAGCUAUAGAGAGCAAAGCAGAUGGCUCCUCAUUGAUUAAAAUCACUCUCUUGGUACUUUGGUGUCAUACAAUGAUCGGUGCACAGCGACGCUUCAAGUUGAAUGA